AUGAACCCGGUGUCCUCAUGCAAAUUCAUGAAUGCUAGGGUGAAGAAGACACUACUUAUGGGCUCGGACGACGUGAAGAGGGUACUAACACGGAGGGGUGCGAAGAUGAGAACCCAUGCACCUUGUGAGCAACAACGGGCGAAGAGGAGCAACUAUGCGCCUCUCAACUCGGAGCAAGAGGAAAACUCGCACUCGGCGAGGCGUUGCAGCAUGGGCACGAUGGGCGACCCUCCCCCAGCCAAGAGACUCCGAUUGCCGAGUCUAUCACCCGCUCUAUAUGUUCGUCUACAGCAUAUCUGA